CUGAGCUCUCUCUCUCUCUCUCUCUCUUCUCUCUCUCUACUACCAUUGGUAAUUGGUAGCAUUAUUAUCUUUUGUCCUUAGUAGAUAAAAGAAUAAAAUCCAGAAGUAAGAUAAGCGUCUGGUUCUCUUAUAAGCUUCUCUUUCAGCCUUUAUCUUCAUAUUUCGGUCUCGGACGGUACUGUUGGAGUUCUGAAGCUUUAGGAAAGCAGCCGUUAAUGGCGGGAAACGACUGGAUUAAUAGUUACCUGGAAGCGAUUCUCGAUGUUGGGCCUGGGUUAGAGGACCCAAAGUCAUCUUUGCUGUUGAGGGAGAGAGGGAGAUUCAGUCCCACUCGUUACUUCGUUGAGGAAGUCAUCACUGGUUUCGAUGAAACUGAUCUCUACCGCUCAUGGGUUAAGGCAUCGGCGACGAGGAGUCCGCAGGAGAGGAAUACAAGAUUGGAGAAUAUGUGUUGGAGGAUUUGGAAUUUGGCUCGCCAGAAGAAGCAGCUUGAAGGGGAGGAAGCCCAACGUAUGGCUAAACGUCGUCUUGAGCGUGAAAGAGGUCGAAGGGAGGCAACCGCUGAUAUGUCGGAAGACUUUUCAGAAGGAGAGAAAGGAGAUGUUGUCAGCGAAUUGUCUGUUCAUGGUGAAAGUAACAGAGGAAAAAUGCCUAGAAUCAGUUCCGUAGAUGUUAUGGAGGCCUGGGCUAAUCAACAAAAGGAAAAGAAACUGUACAUUGUGUUGAUAAGCCUCCAUGGCCUCAUACGGGGUGAAAAUAUGGAGCUUGGUCGUGAUUCUGAUACCGGUGGUCAGGUUAAAUAUGUUGUAGAACUUGCAAGGGCUUUAGGCACCAUGCCUGGAGUGUAUCGGGUUGACUUGUUGACAAGACAAGUGUCAGCACCUGACGUAGAUUGGAGUUAUGGUGAACCAACAGAGAUGCUGACUCCGAGAAACUCUGAUAGUUUUACAGAUGAGAUGGGAGAGAGCAGUGGUGCAUACAUUGUCCGUGUACCAUUUGGGCCAAAAGAUAAAUAUAUUGCAAAGGAACUCUUGUGGCCCUACAUUCCUGAAUUUGUUGACGGUGCUCUUAACCAUAUAAUUCAGAUGUCUAAGGUUCUGGGAGAACAGAUUGGUGGUGGGCAACCAGUCUGGCCUGCUGCUAUCCAUGGGCAUUAUGCAGAUGCGGGUGAUUCUGCUGCUCUUCUGUCUGGGGCUUUAAAUGUACCGAUGCUUUUCACUGGCCACUCACUUGGUCGGGAUAAGCUUGAACAACUUCUGAAACAAGGGCGCAUGUCCAAGGAUGAAAUAAAUGCCACCUAUAAAAUAAUGCGUCGGAUAGAGGCUGAAGAGCUUUGUCUCGAUGCAUCUGAAAUUGUAAUCACUAGCACGAGACAGGAGAUAGAACAACAAUGGCGUUUGUAUGAUGGUUUUGAUCCAAUACUUGAGCGCAAACUGCGAGCAAGGAUCAAGCGUAAUGUUAGCUGUUAUGGAAGGUUCAUGCCUCGCAUGCUUAUUAUUCCUCCCGGAAUGGAGUUCCAUCAUAUUAUUCCACAUGAUGGUGAUAUGGAAGGCGAAACAGAAGGAAAUGAAGACAAUCCAGCCACUCCAGAUCCACCUAUUUGGUCCGAGAUAAUGCGCUUCUUUACCAACCCACGCAAACCUAUGAUACUUGCCCUUGCUCGGCCAGACCCUAAAAAGAACAUUACAACUCUGGUCAAAGCAUUUGGAGAAUGCCGUCCAUUAAGGGAGCUUGCUAAUCUCACAUUAAUAAUGGGAAAUAGGGAUUUUAUUGAUGAUAUGUCCGGCACGAAUUCAUCUGUUCUUCUCACAAUACUUAAGAUGAUUGACAAAUAUGAUCUGUAUGGUCAAGUGGCAUACCCUAAACACCACAAACAAUCUGAUGUUCCUGAUAUUUAUCGUCUGGCUGCAAAGACAAAGGGUGUUUUCAUCAAUCCGGCUUUUAUUGAGCCAUUUGGGCUUACUUUGAUAGAGGCUGCAGCUUAUGGUUUGCCUAUGGUUGCCACAAAAAAUGGAGGUCCUGUUGAUAUACAUAGGGUUCUUGACAAUGGUCUCCUUGUUGAUCCCCAUGAUCAGCAGUCUAUUGCUGAUGCUCUUCUGAAGCUUGUGGCGGAUAAGCAACUUUGGGCAAAAUGUCGGCAGAAUGGGUUGAAAAAUAUUCACCUUUUCUCUUGGCCAGAACAUUGUAAGACUUACUUAUCUCGGAUAGUCAGUUGUAAGACGAGGCAUCCACAAUGGCAAAGAAAUGAUGGAAAUGAAAAUUCAGAUUCAGAUUCACCAAGUGAUUCCUUGAGAGAUAUACAGGAUAUAUCUUUGAACCUAAGGCUUUCUUUAGAUGGUGAAAAAAAUGAAGACGGUGCCACUCUCGAUAGUGCUUUAGAUUCUGAAGAAAAUGCUGUUGAUCGGAAGAGUAAGUUAGAGAAUGCUGUUUUGACUUGGUCAAAGGGUGUUUUACGGGACACAAACAAGGCCGGAAACAAUGAAAAAGCAGACCCAAAUACCAUCGUCAAUAAGUUCCCAGCAUUCAGAAUGAGGAAACACAUUUUUGUCAUUGCUGUGGACUCUGAUACUAGUACAGAACUGCUUGAAAAUAUUCAGAAGGUUUUUGAUGCUGCGGGGCCGGCUAAGACUUCUGGGGUUGUGGGUUUCAUAUUGUCAACAGCACUGACCAUAUCUGAGAUACAAUCUCUUCUGCUCUCAGGAGGCCUGAGUGCAACUGAUUUUGAUGCUUUCAUCUGCAACAGUGGUAGUGAAAUUUACUAUCCGUCUUCAAGUUCUGGGGGAGGUCCUUCUGAGUUUCCUUUUGUAGUUGAUUUGGAUUAUUAUUCACAUAUUGAAUAUCGUUGGGGUGGAGAAGGGUUGAGAAAGACAUUGGUCCGUUGGGCUGCUUCGAUUGUUGAUAAGAAGGGAGAAAAUGAAGAGCAAAUUGUUACCGAGGAUGAACAGAGUUCAACCUCAUAUUGCCAUGCAUUUAAAGUGAAAAACCCAGCAUUGGUCCCUUCUGUCAAGGAGCUCCGGAAAUUGAUGAGAAUUCAAGCUCUACGAUGUCAUGUUAUAUAUUGCCAAAAUGGCACCAAGCUGCAUGCAAUCCCUGUACUGGCCUCUCGGUCUCAAGCUCUGAGGUAUCUAUAUGUUCGGUGGGGUGUGGACUUGUCAAAUAUGAUUCUGUUUGUUGGAGAAUGUGGGGACACAGAUUUUGAAGGAAUGCUUGGUGGGGUCCACAAGACUGUUAUAUUGAAGGGUAUUUGCAGCAGUGCACGUGCCCUGCUUCAUUCAAGCAGAAACUACCCGCUAGAAGAUGUGCCAUUUGAUAGCCCCAAUAUUGUUCAGACUGCUGAACAGUGCAGCAGUGAUGACAUACGAGCGUCACUGGUUAAACUAGGGGUUCUUAAGACCUAGAUGAUAGAGAACUCCAUAUGCUGCUUCCAUACAUGAGAACAAAUUGAGAUUCAUUUGCAGCUUCAGUCGCUGGUUAUCUUAUGCUUCAUCUGGCUUCCCGACCACUUGCAGACUUCAUAUCCUUUAAGUUUUGGAAAUUGACCCCUUGGUUCCUUCCCGCAAACAAAAAGGUUAUGGUUUCUCAAAUAUGAAAGCAUAAGAGAGAGAGUUCUUCCUUCCUGGAAUUCUAUAGCAUCAUUUGUUUUGCUAAGUUUCUUUUAGGAACCAAAAGCUUUCGGUUUUCCUGCUCUGCCCACCCCAUGUUGCUACAAGUUGACAGACUAAAUUGAUCGAUGUGUCUGAAAUUUCUUUUCUUUACUCCUGUAGGGAUGGUAUGUGAUGGAGGAAAUUCUCUUCUGCCCCCCUCUUUUCUGUAAAAGCUGGGACAGAAUGAUGUUUAAGUACGUCAUAAUUUCUUGUACAGUGUUUUCAGUUAUGUAAAAUGAAUUCAAAUAAUGAAGAAUGGAAAUCUAAGCGAACCUACUGAGUAA